CUUUCAUGUUCUGUUCCAUUUCAUUUUUCAUUACAAAAACUGCAACAGAGAUUUGUUUAAAAUGGAGUGGGUUCGAGGAGAAACCAUCGGACACGGAACCUUCUCAACCGUUACUCUAGCGACGCCGACCAACAACGUCUCCGGCGAGUUUCCUCAAGUCAUGGCCGUGAAAUCUGCAGACUCACACGGUGCUGCUUCCCUCGCCAACGAGAAAUGCGUUCUCGAUAAACUCGGAGACGACUGCGACGAGAUCGUACGGUGUUUCGGCGAGGAUCGGACGGUGGAAAACGGCGAAGAGAUUCAUAACUUGUUUUUGGAAUACGCUUCGAGAGGAAGCUUAGCGAACGGUGAGGGUCUACCGGAAGCUACCGUGCGCCGCUACACAGGAUCGGUGCUUCGUGGUUUACGUCAUAUACACGCGAAAGGAUUCGCUCACUGCGAUUUAAAACUCGGGAAUAUUCUGUUGUUCGGUGACGGCGCCGUUAAGAUUGCGGAUUUCGGAUUGGCGAGAGAAGUAACGGCGUUAAAAGACGGAGGAGUGGAGAUUAGAGGUACGCCGUUGUAUAUGGCGCCUGAAUCAGUUAACGAUAAUAUGUACGGAUCAGAAGCUGACGUGUGGGCUUUGGGAUGCGCUGUUGUUGAGAUGUUUAGUGGCGAAACGGCGUGGAGUUUUAAAGAAGGGUCGCACUUCAUGUCGUUGUUGAUACGCAUCGGUGUCGGAGAGGAGGUUCCGAGGAUUCCCGUGGACUUGUCGGAACAAGGAAGAGAUUUUCUGACAAAGUGUUUCGUUAAAGAUCCCAAAAAGAGAUGGACGGCUGAGAUGCUUCUAAGUCAUCCAUUCCUAGCCGUCGAUCUUGAUCACGACGAUUUUGAACAAGAAGAAGAAGUCGUUAGUCAAUUGAAAACAGAGGACGUGUUCACAUCGCCGAGAUGCCCAUUUGAGUUUCCCAAUUGGGUUUCUGCUUCCUCUGAUUCUACGCAAUAUCAUCCGUUCGAUUCGCUGGAGGAGAGAGUUGCAACUCUGGUGACUGACUUGAACCCUGAUUGGUCUGUUACCAAUAACUGGGUCGUCGUACGGUGACUGUAGUCACUAAAAACAGGGGAGCAGAACAGAGUUGCAUUGAAAGGCUAGAGUUUUUUCUAGUCCUAGUCAGAUCUUACAUAUUAUAAUUAAAUUGAUUUAUACAAUAUUUUGUUAAUAGAUGUAUAUACCAAUUCUUGUAUUCUUGAGGCCUACACUAUAUGGAAAUACCAAUUUUGUAUUCAUUAGCAAUUGUCUUAAUCUAGGUUGUAUGAAAACUCCUUUAAGGUUUCUUG